AAAAUCCUGGCUCUGUUAGUUGGUCUCAGUUUUGGCCAAAUGGUGACUUGAGAAUGUUCGUUCCCAGUGUCUGAGUCGUCGAUUCCACUAAAAUGGCGCCUUUUUCUGUUUUUCCACAACUGUGAUAAAGGAGAGAGUGUGCUGCCCAUAUUUCUUAAGAAACCCGCUAGGUUGCUACAAUGACCCGAGUCUCUUAGUUAAUAUCUUACAUGCUUUGUCUGCACGCUGCGUUCUGUUUUUUUUUAAUUUCACUGUAGAGCAGGAGAAGCACGGGUUUAUGAGUUUGGCGUGUUCGUGUAUGCAGUGUGAGGCGUUUUCUGUUAAUCUCACGUAACCUCGCCUGCUAUGAUGAGGAGGCUGGCAUCUCCGUCCCUCCGGCGCCUACAAGAGGGGCAGACACCGCACUCGAUGCGAAAAAGUGCCGUAGCUGAUGCCAGAAAAAAGAUUUUUGGAUAUGCGUGCGGUAUGCCAGGGGAAGAGCAGUGGGUGAGGCCACUGCAAGGCCGUCAAAUGAUGAAGUGGUACUGGCCAUCCAAGUAUAUGCUCCAGGAUGUGCAGAUGGCUCAAUAUUUUCAGAUGCAGGCCAUGCGAUUUGCUCCUCGUCCUGCUCAUGUGUCGCUGACAACGUUGUCCGCCACGAUGGAACAGUGCUGGAAGAAGCGCGAUGCGGUUCGAGCGUUUUUUCAAAGUAUAGACGAAAAAGUUCUUCGCGAGAACCCGACACUCCAAGACCUUUAUGGGUUGUAUCGAACGCUGUGCCCCGACGAUCCGUUACGCACCCCUGUUGACCCGGCGCUGUGGAGGGAUCCUGGAUUUACCUGGCAGCACACAGCCGACCAGCGUAUUGUUUCGAGCUCUACAAACAGGGAACAACAGGGUGACCCGAGUGAGCCUGCGAUGGCAACAAGACGAGUUGCUCAGGAACAAGCUACAGAUAAAAGGCACAUUUCUCCGGCGAAUAUCAACGACGACGUAGCUGCUCUUCUUUUUUCCCGAACGGAACAAUCGGGUGCGAUCCGCAAUGUGUGUGCUGCUUCACCAUAUUUACAUGGUGGCAAAAAUAACCGAUCCCGCGAUCGUUUCCAUAACGGAGCUCGUGAAGCCAACAGUAGCGAGGAGGAUUCGCUGGAGCAGCCAAAGUCGCUCAUUCUUGACACUGAAUCCCGCGGUACAGCGUUGUCCAGGAGCCGCACUCAGGAGUGUCUAUUGGCUCUGUCAGCUCUAGCGGAAACUGGCUUAGGCCAAAGUGCUUCCGAAUUGAUACAGCAGCCGGUUGUGCUUCGAGUAGAUAUAGGCCUCGGCGAUCGUGAACCGGUGCAGGAUACAACCGCGUUUAGGAAAAAGCAGGAACAAAGCCGACGCACACUGCAAGCAGCCCUGGACCACGACGAGCGGCUGGCCCGAUACCAUGGCGCGAAACAUAGGUUCUUCGAUCCUUUGUUCAGGAGAAGGCGGUUGUCAUUUUUGGAUCGGUUUGCACGCGAGCGAAUCAAGGGAGAGAAAGCGCGGCAACUGGGAGCACAGCUUUACGUUAAGCACCCUGACCAGAAACCUGUGUGGCCGGACAACAAAGGUCUCCUUACUAGAAAGUGGCCGUCCCCUUUUCACUGAAUGUACUGUUGCUACAGUACAGUGAAUUUCACUGGUCUCCUUUUAAUGGUUUCAAAGGUUGUCUGCAAGCCGUUGCUCGUCCAACGCUCAUGACAUCUCUUCCACUGCAUGGUGGAAUGGUGCGAAUAUGCCAUCAGACAUUUGUAUACUACAAAGAAGCAGUCCCUUGCGUGGUACUCGCUAUCUGUUCCACGGUCGAGGAACUGUCCGUUGCUCAGUGUUCCUCAUGGCUUAGUAGAGUGCGUCAUCGCGUAUCACGGAGAAGUCGACUGUAUAUUCCUCUAGUCCUAAGAUCCUCCGGUAUAUCCUACACCGGAAUAAAGUCAAGGGUGCAUCACGGGUUCAUGUUUUUCUCGGGGUAGUGCCUCAGGAAGCCGAAUCGAACCCGGGAAUGUCGAAAAACCAUAAGAGGUGCUAACACCAACGUCAUUGUGUGCGACUACCGUCGCUGCAAUCCCCCUCUCAGCAUUCAUCGCACUCGAAGGGUGCUGCAUGAUGUGGCUUCGCAGCAUCUGUGGACAAGCGUACACCGUUUUUCGUGUAAGGCGACGGGCGCUGCGGGUCUGUGGUUAGGUCUUUUUAUGAAAUGGUGAUUUAGUGUUAGAAGGUUCUUGGGGCGAUCCUGAAGGAAGUUUCUGCCACCAACGUAAAAUAUCGGUAUUGUACCGGUUCAUUCAUAAGGUCCGGAUAGUGACCGAUUCCGUUGCUGUGGUGAUCCGAUUGUGUCUCAGUGGAGUUGAGUUUUCUGAACGCGGUAGAACAACUCCAGCUUUGUGUGAUCGUUCGAGCUUUGUUUUUCGUGGGGGUGGAUCCGGCCACAAGGAUUUCCAGGCUGAAGAGUUCCAAUGUGCUACCUGCACAUUGGUGAAUAUUGCUUUUUCCCUUCAUCUGCUGCACUUUAAGUUCAGUACGCGGAUACUGAAGAGGCAACCAGAUCACAUGUGCAUGACCAUGCGGUG